AUUAGCUCAAAAAAGCCACAAAUGCUCAUUUGAAUUUACGAAAUUGCCCUUCUUGCCUUUCCUCUCUCCUUCCCGGUUGCUGCUCCUACUUUUUCUCUUCUCUCCCUCUCUCGCUCGCCUGGGAGUUUCUCUCUUUCUCUAGGCCUGUAAGGUUCCUUGUUGUUGUUUUUGCUGUGUAAUAAAACCCCGCAGGGCCAUGUUUGGCGGCGAUAAAGAUCUAACUAAUAGUAUGAACACCAUGGAUGAGAGCUCUGUGAGUAAGCUGACGCGGUUUUCUUCUGAGCGAAACAAGAACAACCCAGAUAAGAAAAUGGGUUUUCUCGACAAGGGUAUGGGUUUUCUCAGGGAAUCGGAGAUGGGUUCUGAUGGGUUUCAAUCAAGAGCCUCUAAAUUUGGCAACUCGGGCUCCCAAGAGCUGACUUUAAGCUAUCUCUGUGAUUUUAACAGUCACAGUAAUGCUAAUAAUAAUAGUUCUUCCAAACAGGCUUUUCUCGAGAAAGACUUUACCGGGAAAAAUCUGUUGAAUUCGUUCGACAAAGGGGGGAGUAGUAAUUACAAAGGGAAGGAAGUCGUUGUUUCCGAGAACUCAAUCCAAGGUGACAAAUGGGUCGAGAGAGAUUUUCUCAAUUUGAACGAGAACAGGCUGAAUUCUUCGAAGCGAGAAAUGGAGGUAGAGGAAGAAGAAGAUGAUAAUGGUGUUGAGAGAGAGAAUCGUGACAAAAGGCCGAAGCUUGAGACUCUUAAUCUUUCUCUAGCUUUGCCUGAGGUCUCGCUCUCGCUUACAGCUUCGAAUGCUCUACAAAAUGGUGGUGAAAACCACCCGACUCGAUCCAGGCCUACCCGAAGUUUUCAAUCUCUGGCACCGUCUUCUAACACUCAAACCACAUACUCCAACGACUACACCAACGCUUCGCUUUCGUACUCGCAUUCUCACCCUUUUUCUCACAAUCCCAGCUGCUCUCUCACUCGAAAUUCGACUGAGAACUACGAGUAUUCGGUUGGGAAAGAUGACCAAAUUUGGAAUUGUGGGGAGGGGACUAAUGGGUCUGUUCACAGUCGCUUCAAGCCGGUUGGUGAUGGAGUGGCUUUGUCUAAUCAUGGCGGUAGUGGGCUUUUUGCAUUGAUGCAAGGUAAUAAUCGAAAGGAUUCUUGUAAUAAUAACAACAGCAGUCUGCAUAAGACUACCAGUUCUGAUAAUAACCAUUCUUUUUUCCCAUCUGAGCUUCCGGCGAGGCUAAGGAUGGAUACCCAGUCUGGGGAUUCCAGAGGAAAAGCUUCUGAGAGUUUGAGAGGUUUGGAGGGGGUUGAUGGUGGGAGACCCAGGAAGGUGUCUAAACCCGAGAGAAUUCUCAGGGAAAUUGUGAGUGAGUCUGUCCCUGCAAUGGCUCAAACAAUUCAGGAACUUUCAGAUGAAACACUCUUGUCAACCAAGGAAUACUUGAGGAAUCUUAUCUCCAUGGCUGAUAAGAAAGAUGAGCUUGAAUAUCUCCAGAACCGGCUCAAGAGAAGGUCUGAUCUCACUAAGGAAACUCUGACGAAGUGCCAAAAGGAUCAGUUGGAAAUUUUGGUUGCUGUAAAGUUUGGUCUUGGGAGCUUUUUGUCAGUCAAAAACCGCCUCCCCCCAGUCGAGUUGGUAGAGACUUUCUUGUCCGUGAGAUGUAAGAAUGUGAAUUGCAAGAGUUUAUUGCCCGUUGAUGAUUGUGACUGCAAGAUAUGUUCUGAGAAUAAAGGAUUUUGCAGUUCAUGUAUGUGUCCUGUAUGCUUUAAAUUUGACUAUGCUAGCAAUACUUGUAGCUGGGUUGGGUGUGAUGUUUGUUCUCACUGGUGCCAUGCCUCUUGUGGCAUUCAAAGGAAUCUUAUCAGACCAGGUCCAAGCUUGAAGGGUCCUUCUGGGACUACUGAGAUGCAAUUUCAUUGCAUUUGUUGUGAUCAUGCUUCUGAAAUGUUUGGGUUUGUUAAGGAUGUGUUUCUCUGUUGUGCCAAGGAUUGGGGUCUUGAAAACUUGGUCAAGGAGCUUGAUUGUGUUAGGAAGAUUUUCAGGGGAAGUGAUGAUUUCAAAGGCAAGGAGUUACACAAUAAGGCUGAUGAGAUCAUUUCUAAAUUGGCAAAUAAAUUUAUGUCUCCUACGGAUGCCUGCAGUUUCAUUAUUCAAUUCUUCAACAACACAGAUAGCAUGUCGGAAUUUUCAUCUUCUGUUAUAACCUCAAAAGAGUUGUCUUCGAAGACUCAAAGCUCUGUCAGAAAAGAGACCACUGCUAUUCCGCAAUCCACAUCACUAGCAGCAAAGUAUGCACCUUACAACAUGAGUUCUAGUUUACAACGUGAUGUAAUAUCAAACGAUCUCCGUCUCAGUGACCACAAAUCUUCGAUCAUAAGCUCUGACGAUGACUUUAGAUUCGGCUCCAUAUCUAAACCAGAUGGGUUCGACAGUUUAGAAAGCAUAGUGCGAGUCAAGGAGGCAGAAGCUAGGAUGUUCCAGAGUAAAGCAGAUGAAGCGAGGAGGGACGCAGAGGAAUACCAUCGAAUGAUCAGGGCAACCACCGAGAAGUUAGAAGGAGAACAUGCCGAGAAGCUCUCCAAACUCUGCUUGCAAGAGACAGAGGAUAGGCGAAGGAAGAAACUAGAUGAGCUGAAGAUUUUGGAAAACUCGCACUGUGAUUAUUACAACAUGAAGAUAAGAAUGCAAGCUGAAAUUGCAGGCUUGUUGGAGAGAAUGGAGGCCACAAAGCAGCAAUGGGUGUAAUUUAUUUAUUUAAUUUUUUUUAACUGUGGUUCUAAUUGGUGUGUACUGUGUAGUUUGUUAAUGUCAUUUGAUUUUUGUGUAACAAUCUUUGCUAGCAACCUUAAAUUGUUGUUCUACAAUCGAUUUCCUGUCUUGCUAUGAAGUUUUGUUCCAGUAA